AUACAGCUAAGGCGAAUUCAGGCCAAGCAAGAGCCAAAUGAUGGGUUUUUUUGUGCGGGCCUAGUCUUGUCGUUCCGUCGCUCAGGCCUUUACAGCUUUGCCACCAGUUUAGGUUGCCUUUUUUUGCAAGCCAUGCCCUCUGUGUCGAAUGGUGCCUUUGUCCAAAUACCAGGAUAGCACGCUCAGGCGCCUGCAACGCAUGUCCUUGUACUGACAUGCCGGCGCUACGUCAAUUGGUGUGACGGACAUGAGCUGUGUGGCAAUUGCCCAGCAGAUCCUUGCGCUCCGUCUUUCUUGGACCGGCCAAAACGUGCAGUUGGCAUUGCUUCAAUCAUCCUUCGUGACACUGCCAAAGGAGGUGCUCUUCAGAACGCCGAUCGCUGAUGGCGCGCAGAUCGCUGGCUUCGAACCAAACCACUGCUGAAGAUGAACAACUCUUGUUUGCCUGAUGUUGUGGCAAUCGUUUCCGAAGUCAUAGCCAAGCCAUCAACAUGUUCAGGACCUUCGUGCCAGUCAGAUCCCUGUUCGAUGAUUCUCGAUUGUGUGUUUGAAAGCUUCAGCGAACACGGCGGUAUUGUCUGCGCACAGAAUCAUGGUUUUGGAACCUUCAACGAUUGUCUAGUUUGAACAGUUGGAAUGGUUUCAGUCACAGCUGUGAUGAGUGCUGUUUUGCUGACUUGCCUUUUGCAGCACGAGCCUGCGCCGCUAGAGGUUGGUGUGUGAUGUAAACAUUUGGCUUUGACCAGGUCCCAUUGAGCCAUGCGCGUGGCAUCACGGCUCUGCAACAGCCAAGUCAAUUUGCCCAAGCCAAGCUGUGAAGCUUGGUGCAAGUGUAACUCAACCUGCAGAUUGUUCGACUUUGCGGCAUUUUUUUCCGAAGUCAUAGCCAAGUCAUCAACGUGAUUCAGGGCCUUCGUACUAGUCAGGUUCGAUGAUUCCCGAUUGUGCUUUGAAAGCUCCAGCAAACAGGGCGAUAUUGUGGCGCAGCCCAAGCUCACAGGGUCAUGGCUUUGCAACCUUGAACGAUGCGGUGAACAGUUGGAAUGGUUCGAGUCACGGCUGUGAUGAUUGCUGCAGUGCUGACGUGCCUUGAUGAGCGCACGCAGCCAACGCCGCUAUUCGUCGGUGUUGGAUGUAAAGACCUGGCUUUGACCAGGUCCCACCGAGCCAUGUGCGCGUCACUGCUUUGCACCAGCCCAGUCAAUCGGCAACGAAGCUUUGAGGCUUGGGGCAAGCGCAACUCGACCUGCAGAGCGUUUGAUUUUGGGAAGUCAUCCCGAACAUCCAAGUCAUCAAUACGUCUAGGACCUUCGCACCAGUCAGAUUCCUGUUCCACAAUUCCCUCUGCCCUGGAAAUCGGAGCAAGACCCAUUGAGUCGGCGUGGCUGGAGUUUUCAGAGGACUUUUCUGAGAGCCUCUAAGAAAAAACCACCGAAGCGGUUUUGCCUUCGUAAAAGCAUUUGCCAGGUCUUCAGAAGGGAGUUUGUCACUAACCCUCUAACAGGCAACGCCUUCUCUACGGAGGCGCGCUACCCACAUCACCUUGCGAUUUUUUCGGUUCCAGUAGAAAACUCCAGAGAACAGGGCGGUAUUGCUGUGCACAAACCCGAGAGGACGGUCAUGGCUCCGGAAGCUUCAAUGCGGCGAACAGCUGGAAUGGUUUCAGUCACAAGUGUGAUGAUUGCAUUGCUCACAUGCCUUGAUGAGCACAAGCGGUGCUGGUCAGCGCUCGGGCUGGUUUUGGUUGGAUGUAGAGACCUUGCUUUUACCAGGUUGGAUGUGAACAACUUGCAUUGACCAGAUUCAAGCGAAACUUGCCCAAGCAGCUACGCUCGGCAGCCAUGUCUAAAGCGCCGGGCCAGCAAAUGGCCAGAGGUCAGUACUCUAGCAUUCGGUGCUGGCAGUCUAGUAGUUGGACCAGCCCAUCAUAUGCCCAUUUUCUCCAGGAUCACUUGGGUUUGUUUUCGCCCUUGCCCUGACGCGCUCUACCUUUUAACUGAGCUCAAGCUGUCGAUGCUGCUGGACUGUUGGCGCUGGGGCCCAAGGGGAGCUCUGCGCUUGCUGCGUGUUUGAGGUUAAGAUUCAGCAACAUCUUGCUUCGCUCGGAUGCCAUUCAAACAAACAACCGUAGCUUUUCCUGCGUUGCACAGCAACUCAGUCUGAAGCCAUGCCAUUCUUUUUGAAACAAGCUGUGAACCUUGAGUGCUGCCGAAUAUAUUCACUGGUCUGUGGCGCCAGUGUGUUUGGUAUGGUUUGGUCUGCAGGUGCGGGCAUUGCUGACAUGGCCUGAGCUUCAGCGAGCGGUAGCGGUGCAGAGGCAUUCCUUGCACCGCGCAGCCGGCUCUGCUUGGCGGCCACGUCUGCAGCCAGGUUUUUCCACGACGAGCUGUCAAGCAAAUGAACAGCACCUGACUUGGUGCCUGCAGCCAAGUUGCACGAGUGUGCCAUCCAUGACUAAGUAGUCAAGAGUUACUUGGAAAGUUUCAGCCCUUGUCCUGGCCAUUGCUACAUUGACACACCUUGCUGAGCCUCGCACAAGUGGUGGCGGUGGGGCAGGGGCGGCUUUGCACUCGCUACGUAAUGUUGAUGUAAAGAUGCUUGCUUUCAAAUCCUAUUGAGUAAAAGUUCCCGGCAACCCCCUCUUCACAGACCAGGCUGAAGCCGUGCCAAUCUUCCUGAAAUAAGCUGUGAAACCUGUGGCAAGUGUGGAUCGGAGUUUUCUGGGACCAAAGUGCUGCUGCAACUUGCAUCAAGCGGCAAGUCGCUCCAGGUGUGCCAGGUAGCCUGGAGAUACUCAGAAUGCUUCAGCGCUUGUCCUGACCCUUGCGCAUCCGCAUGGGUCCAUUUAACUGUUUUUUGCGGAUUCCAGCAAUUUAGUUUGUCCAGGCCAGUAAUUCUUCCAACCCCCGUGAUCCUCGCCCACGCCAAUUUUCUAGCAAGCCGUGAAGUUAGUGUCAAAUUUAGCUUGCAGACCCUUAGAGCCCAAGUUCGACAGAAGAUGUGUGUUGGCCGUUGGCUGCGCCAAAGUUCCCUGUCCGGUGCCUAAGUCUACCGAGAACACUUUGACUCGUUGCUUCACACAUGUGUUUCCAUGCAACAGGAACACACCAGCACAAGUUUGGAAUAGUGUGGAUGGGACUCCGGGCUGUACGCGGCGGGGGCAAUCGUACUCCAGCAUAUGCCUGAAGAGACAGUAGAAACAUGGUGGACAGGGAGCAGUUUUUGGGGUCCAUUGAUGUUGUUUGUUCUCCACACUCCCCGCAUCACAGUCUAGAUCGGACUCCAGAGCUAUAGCCGGCAGCCUCCAUGCCAAAGGCCUUCAGCCUCAAGAGUAGCCUGUGUGAAGUCACCAGCUCGUGGCGCCAACUGCAGAUGGCUACAGGAGGUGCUAUGACUCUGCAAAGUGCUCAUCCUUCUUUGUCCUGAAGGCACAUUAAAGCAUGGUGGAUGGGGCCCCUUGAUGUUUUGCGUGCCCUUAUCAUGCAUCUAGAAUCACAUGUCAAUCUGGAUCGGACUUUAGUGUUGCUUACAUUGAGAGCUUUGCGUGGGGCAGUGUGGAAAUCGGAGCAGUUUGGGGGUGCGACUUGGAGUCUUUUGAAGCCAUGCAGAUGUCCAGUGUUGCAUGGCCGAGCGGUGUUGCCAGAUCCCAAUCUGUGCUUCCUGGCAACUGGCUGUCAGGCACGGCAGGCCGAACUUGUGAAGUCUCCUUGCUGAGCUCGCGUGGCUUGUUUUUCGAGGACGCUUGGAGUGCGCUGACUGCUUCAGCGGUGACAGCCCCACGCCAAGUGGAUUUGCCAGGUCAGCAGCGGCGUGGCGCAACGUACUUACCCUUCUUUGGCCACCUGUCCGCUUUCUUGACCUUGCGUCAGAUGCAGCUGCAGCCUUUGAGGGGCCUUCCCCCUGCCAUCCAGACCCUGAGCGGCAUGCAAGAUCUUCGAACGCAUGAGUCCUGCAGUACUUGCGCUAGGGUCCGAUGUUCCAAGAGGCUCAGGAGGAACACCUUCUCCAGUUCUACACCACUGCACAAGCGCGUUGCGUUUCUGCCCGGUGCGGCAAGAAUAUGCACUGGCUCCAACUCCGCACUUUGUGACCAGUGAUCGCACCGACACACUUUCCAUCCAUUUGUAUUCCUUGACGGUCAACAUCCAUUCAGCCUUUACCAUGCUAAACUUUUCCGGAGCGCAGGGCGCUGCAGCUGCAUAACAUUGGAUGUAAAGACUUUGAUCAGAUUCCAUCGAGCUAUGCACCAACCAGACCCCUACUUUGCACAGCUGCGGUUGCCCAAGUCUGCCAUGUGUGCCCAGACUGCUGCAUCGGGUCUGAUGUGGAAUCCUCAGAUUGUGCAGAUUCCAGCGCUCGCCAAGUGGUUCAGCAGCUCGGAGCUCUGCACUCAGCAGCCGUGUCCAUCUAACACAGGCAGUAGGCAUGGGCAGCAGGCAUCGGCAAUGCAUUGCUGACGUGGCCUCAUGGGCUCAAGCCAGCGCUGCAGAGGCACUGGUUGCACAAACUGCUGGGAGCAUGGGGUUGCGCAUGAAUGCAAUCCCAGCGAGCGAAUCAGCCAGUGAGCUUUGCGCAGCAAUGUCAACCUGCCAGCAUAUGUUUAGUGCCCUUCAACCAAGGGCGCUUGACGUGUUCUUGAGUGCCCUUUUUUGCUUGAGAUCCUGCCGAAAUCGAACAGCUACGCGUGUCGAAGUGUGACAAUUGCCACAUUUGAUUGAGACCGACCCGGAAUGGCCUGAACCUGGCAUUUUGGGGCGCGUUAGUGGGAGCGGGGGUGCGAAUUGAGGUCACUUACCCCUUGAAAUGGGUCUAAGUGCUCUUUAAACAGCUUAAGUGGCCUCCUUGAUUUAGGACUAUAAGUGACCUUUUUUUUUCAAAUGGAUCAUGGCACCCCAAAAAUGAAUCGAGGGUAGAAUAAAAAGAAGCUGGUGCCUGGUGCUUGCAGUUUGCUGGAUUCAAAUUAAAGAUGUUUGUUGCUCAGUGGCUGCAGCAAAGUUCCGUGUAUAGUGGCAAAGUCUACCAUCGACACGUGGAACAGUUACCUACGUGCGGCAGACGACAAGCUGUAUCUGAAGUCACAGCGCGGAGAAGAUGCCAAACGCUUUGGUCUUCAUCCCGGGUUUGUUUAAGUCCGCAAGUUCUGCUCAGUUGUUCAAAGUGGCAACAUCAGCAAAACCGCUGCAUUCGCAAGCAACGGAAACAUGCCCGCGGAAGCUCGCGGAAGCAGUUGCGACAGACGCAUGCCGGCGGAAGCAACGGUUCAUGCGGAAGCUUUGCGGCAGGGAAGGG